AUGGCGUUCUCACCGUCCCAAAACGUGGCUAAAGAAAGGACCCCGUUGCCACAAUCAACAAACAACGACACUUUUUCGCAUUCACCGAAACGGCUUUCUAUCAGCGCAGCAUCUGCAGCGUCUCUCCCUUCUUCACCUCCAAGCGUUUCUCCUAGUAGCGGCUUUCCCCAGCGGAAGAAUUCCACGUCGUCGCCAAAUGGCAAAAUACCUCCGCGCAGCCCCCUCCAUCGAUCUCCCAGUUCCAUGAGCCAGCACUCCCGCGCAUCCACUCCAACACUACUGAGAAAAGCAUCCAUGAAUUCUCUACAUGGUGUAGGAGGCAUCACACCUUCUAGAGCCUCGCCGUCUCGUCGCUCCUCUUCGGCGCAAUUCACAAACGCUUCGACAAUGGUUGGCAAAUCCCCUCUUUCAGAGGUCGAAGAUACGACACCACCUCCUCCACGACAUACCCCAGCUUCUAUUGCUACCAACCACUUCAAGACAGAGCUCGAAUUGCUCAAUAAGGAGGAUGGAUCGAGGUCUGCAGAUACGAUUGUGAUCCUGCAUGAUUCCUGCUAUGGUCAUCGCUAUUCUCGACCACGAACUUCGAAGGCUUCUCUAAGUACAAUUGUUGAAAGACCAGAGAGGAUUCAUGCGAGCAUCCUAGGGCUGUCGGUAGCAUAUGUACGUCUAGGAGAGCGGCAUGCUGAAGGACAAUACCCCCUGCACCCGAAUAAAGAUGCUUCGACUAUCCCUUUUGUACCAUUUCGAAUCAGGAAGACAACUCGCCGAUUGGCUCUUUCCUCGCAAGCUGUUACGAAUGUCCAUGGUACCAAGUGGAUGGAGGAAUUAAAAAUCAUGUGUGACAACGCGGAAGCCAAAUUGGCCAUGAAUGGAAAGGAAUUGACUCGACCUGAUAUGAGUCGAAGCCCGGAUCAAGACGUCCCCCCGAAGUUGCAUGAAGGAGAUCUUUACUUGUGCUCAGAAUCGUUGAAUGCAAUGGAAGGAGCAUUGGGAGCUGUAUGUGAAGGUGUGGAUGCAGUAUUCCAAGGAUCAGCGAGUGGAAAGGGGCCACAUCGAACGUUUGUUGCGAUUAGACCUCCGGGACAUCACUGUUCGGCCAGCUAUCCUUCUGGCUUCUGCUGGUUGAACAAUAUUCAUGUUGGGAUUUCUCACGCUGCUCUUACCCAUGGCUUGACACAUGCGGCCAUUAUCGAUUUCGACCUUCAUCACGGAGAUGGAUCUCAGGCAAUUGCAUGGGAUAUCAACAAGCGCGCUGCAACUGCUGCGAAGAACGCCCUUCCCUGGAAAAAGACAUCGGUUGGAUACUUCAGUCUACACGAUAUCAAUUCGUAUCCGUGUGAAAUGGGCGAUGAGGAGAAGGUCAAGAAUGCCAGUAUUUGCAUCGAGAACGCCCAUGGCCAGAGCAUCUGGAAUGUUCACCUACAGCCAUGGAAGAGCGAAUCUGAAUUCUGGGAUCUCUACGAAAAUAAGUAUUCGAUUCUAUUGGAGAAGACCAGGAACUACCUACGGGCACAAACCGAACGUCUUCGAAUGAUGCCAAAUGGACCCAAGCCGAAAGGAGCCAUAUUCUUGUCAGCUGGUUUUGAUGCAAGUGAAUGGGAAAGCUCGGGAAUGCAGCGUCACAAGGUAAAUGUACCAACAGAGUUCUACGCCAGGUUGACUCGAGAUGUGGUCAAACUUGCUGCAGAAGAGGAUACCGCGGUCGACGGUCGGGUCAUUAGUGUUUUGGAAGGCGGCUACAGCGAUCGAGCACUGUGCACUGGUGUGUUGAGCCAUCUUAGUGGUAUGUCCGCCGGUGACCCAGUCAUCAUCAAGAAAGAGCUCAGCCCUACUGGUCUUGCGUAUGAAAUGGGCCAAAAGAUCAAUGCUUUUAAUGGGGUUACGGCAGCAGAGACCGUGUCAAUGGGUGUGCAAACCUAUGAUCCAUUAUGGUGGAGUGUACAGAGACUGGAACAACUUGAUGCCUUGAUCCGACCCGCACCACCUGCUCCAGAACCAAAACAGCGAGACCUGACCCCACCAACAUAUUCCUCGCCAACCCAGUCUUUCAUUGCAAAGGUCACAUCUCCUAGUGGACGACGAGCUGUGUCGAGUAUGUCAAACUUAGGCAAUGGCUCUCCACGCCCAAUCUCAAGAGCGCCAACUCCUCCGCCUCCUGAGGUUGACUGGACUGUUGCUGCACACGAGUUGAGCAAGAUCCUCAUUCCUAUCGACCGACAGACUAUGAGUUGCAAGCCGGAGGAUUUAUCGGCAGAAGCAACCCGUGCUAGAAGAGACCGCCAAUCUAUCAUCACACCUCCCACUUCGAAUUCUGGAUCUGAGCCUCUUGAUAACCCAUCUCAACGAAUGGCAUUGAGGGCACGAAAGCCCGCCAAGCCGUUAGUAGAGACCGUGGAAGAAGAUGAUGCAAAGAAGCCGGCUGCAAAGACCAAUCGUAGAAAGACUGUUGCUGGUGCGGCUAUAAUCGCUGCUGAGAAGGCCGUUUCCAGGAGCACAACUCCGAUACCCGAGCCAAGCUAUCCAAAGCCAACGAAUCAAUCAAGCCGACGACUCAGCCUCAUUUCCAACUCAGGAUCUGCUACGUCAGAAGCACCAUUACCAAACGGGCACAACAGAGUGCCUUCUUAUAGUCGACCUGCAACUUCGCAAACUAUUAGACCUGAUUCUUCAAUGAGCUCCCGAGGCCACUCAAUACCUCCCGUCGUUGUAAAGAAGACAAGAGCUCCAGCUCAACCCCGUCCUGAAGCAAAGACAUCUCGGGUACGGAAGAAGUCACCGCUGAAUGAGGGUGGUGCGGCUGCCUCUGGAAGCACUUCAACAGCAGUCCCUCAGUUGACUUCGAGUGAUGUUAUACUUCCUUCAACCGAAACAUCAAGCUCUCAGACUUCAGAUAUUGAUAACUUGACGUCUGGGAUGAAGAAAAUAAAGUUGAAUCUUACUACCAAGGCCCAGCGGGAAGCGAAGGAACAAGCAAAGCAAGCAGCGAAGCCCGCAUCGAAACCUGUAGCCAUCAAGCCGAAGCCUCGCCCAGCAGAGUCCCGCAUUCUUCCACCAGUAGCUGAACCGGCUUCAACGAACGGAUCUUCCGCUACCGCUUCUCAACCUCAGCCUUCUGAGAUGCUCCCUCUAGUGCCGUCAACACCUCAAUAUUAUCUGCCAGCAUACGUUCAGCAUGCAGCCGAAGUUCCUUUGCCUGCGAGCUCUCCGCCAGCUCCGUCGUCAUACCCAGAACUAGAACAAGGACCACCUAUUCCCAAACCCGCCCCUCAACCCGCAUUACAUCCUGCCCCAGAGUCAGAGCUCUUCGUGCACUAUCAACCAGAAGGUCCACAACCAGGAUCGAUGAUCCAACAAGAACCUCUCAAGUGGCUACCUCCAAACACAUCCACGCCAUCACCAAUGAAGCGGGGCGAUUUGCCCGUCUUUACGAGCACGAGUACGAUACCGUUCGGGCUGUCGAAGGCUAACGGUGAAGUGAAGAAAGAUGAGAAUAAGGGUGACGUCGAUAUCUGGGAGAUUCCAGAGACGCCUAAGAAGUGA